AUGCUGGGCACCGUACUGCCGGGUCGGACUCUGGGCGACGAAAAGGUCGUCGAGGCUAACCUUGUUUCGCCAACCCACGCCCUCUGCUUCGCCGUCGCAGGCCUCCUGUUCUACGUCUUUUACAGAUGGGCCCUCCCCAAACCGAUCCCCGGAAUCCCUCACAAUGCGGCGGCCCCAAAGCACAUCCUGGGAGACAUCCCUUCCCUCAAGGAGGGCAUCGACCGCACCGGCGAAUUCGCCCUCUGGCUCCUCGACCAGUCAUCCAAGCUGAAUUCGCCCCUCUUCCAGGUCUUGAUCCGUCCGCUGGGCAAGCCCAUCGUGGUCAUGACCGACUUCCGCGAGACCCAGGACAUGCUCAUGCGGCGCAAGGACUUCGACCGGUCCUCCCUGGUGGCCGACCUGCUCGAGGGCGCCGGCCGCAAGCACCACAUCCACAUGAAGACGGGCCCCGAGUGGAAGCAGCACCGCAGGCUCCUGCAGGACCUCAUGUCGCCGCAGUUCCUGAACGAGGUGGCCGCGCCGACCGUCUACUCGGGCGUCUUGAGGCUCGUGAAGCUGUGGAGCGACAAGGCGAGGAUCGCGGACGGUCGGCCGUUCGCCGCGGAGACGGACAUCUAUUACGGCGCGCUCGAUGCGGUCACCUCGUUUGUGUUUGGCGGUAGCUUUCCCCACAGCGCGAUCCGUCCGACGAUGGAGCUUGUCGAGGCGCUGGGAGACGACGAUGUCGUGCGUCUUCGAGACCAGAAAGGCGUGAGCAACGAUGUGCCCGUGGAUUUCCCGGAGGGACAGUGCGAUGAAAAGCUCAAGGCCACAUUCGACGUGGCCCACUCGAUCGAGUAUCUGCAGGGCUCGCCUAUUCCGAGGAUCAAGUGGUGGUUCGUCAAGAAGCUGCCCUCCAUGCGCAAAACGUUCCAGAUCAAGAUGUCGUACACCCAAGAGGAGAUCGCCAAGGCAUUAAAGCGGCUACAGGAGGUCGGCAACGAAGAGUCAAAGGCCCUCUCGGCGGUGGAGUUGAUCGUGCUGCGGGAGAGGAAGCUCGCGGAGAACGAAGGCAGGGAGCCGGACUACUUCUCCGAGACGAUGAUUGACGAGGUCUUUGGCGUUGUCGUUGCAGGUCACGACACGACGAGCACCACGAUGUGCUGGGGCGUCAAGCUCCUGGCAGAUAACCCCCAGACACAGACCACGCUGCGCGACGCCCUCCGGUCCGCCUUCUCGGAUGCCCUCGCCGAAAACCGCAGCCCGAGCGUCGACGAGAUCUCGGGGACCAAGAUCCCGUACCUCGACGCCGCCAUGGAGGAGAUCCUCCGCUGCGGCGGCGCCGCGCCGAUGGUCGACCGCGAAGCUGUCUGCGACACGGAACUGCUGGGCCACCAUAUCCCCAAGGGCACGGUGGUGCUGUGUCUGAACAAGGGGCCCAGCAUGAUGAAGCCGGCGCUGGCGGUCGACGAGGCGAAGCGGAGCAAGAGCAGCCAGAGCGCCAAGGCGCGGGCCUGGGACGACGCGGAUAUCGGCCAGUUCAAGCCGGAGCGCUGGCUUGUUGAGCCUGCGGGGUCCACAGACGGCGCGGUCGAAUUUGACCAACAGGCAGGGCCGCAGCUUGCGUUUGGUCUGGGCACUCGGGGCUGCUUCGGGAGGAGGUUGGCGUAUCUCGAGUUGAGGAUCAUCCUGACCUUGAUCGUGUGGAAUUUUGAACUGCUUCCCUGCCCGAAGGCGUUGUCCGGGUAUGGGGCCCGGGAAGGUCUGACAUAUAAGCCGAAGGAUUGCUACGUACGGCUGUCGGCUCUCGGCGCGAAGAGGGAGUAA